CUUCCAGCCCAUCUCUUGCUCAGGCAAGUUCUGUGACCGCAGCUAAGCGCUACAAGCUAUGAAAGGGUUAAAGCAACGGCGGUCCGAAUCCUAGAGCGGCCCAAGCAUAUGUCAAAGGAAGAUGAGGCGCAUGGGCGGGCGGAAGGGAGACGCUGCUUUCCGGUUCCCGCCCUCCCUCUCUUGACUGGCGCCUGAAAAUGACGUAGUCGGCUGCAGGUUCUCCGCGAGGGAAAUGAGAGCGCAGGUGAGUGAAAGGUGGGAAGAUGCAGAGAGUCUGCCCAGGUCCGCUUCUGUUUUAAUUUAAUUUAAUUUUUUAAUUGCUCCUUAUUCUGAGCUUGGGGAGGUCUCAUAAGACAAGAGGACCAGGGCGACGGAGGCAUCCCCAUCACUUGGGUCAGCUGCUGGUAAAAGUUGCAAGCUGGCCCUCCCAUUAAGCGGAAUGAAUUGGGGGACUGGUUUUGAAUGGCCAGGUUUGGGUGCUGUGCCUUUUGUUGCUGAUAGCUCCGUUGGUGAGAGCAUGGUGCUGAUAACAUCGAGGUCUGGGUUCAAGUCCCCAUAUGCGGCACCUGCAUCAUCCUGCGUUGCAGGGGGUUGGACUGGAUGACCCUCACGGGUCCCCUCCCACCGCACGGUUAGACUUUCCAAGUGCAGGGUGCUAUUUUCCACCAUGCCGCAGGCAGCAUAAUGUCUUAGGCCAGCCCUGCUUCUGGGCUGCUGAGAUCCCCCACCCAUUCCCAAUCUUAUGUAUGGCCUUAUUUCCACUAUACAUUUAAAGCAGUCUCAUACCACUUUCAGCAGUCGCUGCUUCCUCCAUAAAAUCCUGGGGAGCGCAAUUUGUUAAGGGAACUGAGAAUUGUUAAGAGACACAUGCCCACAUUCCCCUCCAAUUCCAAGAGUGUCUUCUCAAUUCAGCCGUUUUCUAAGGGACUCUGGGAUUGUUUUAAAGUGUUUUAGAGGCUGUAGGAAGCUAUCCUGGCUGUUUACAUCACCUUGGCUUGUGAGCACAGGAGGGGAAUUAAGUAUCAUGUGCCUUUAGUAUUUUUGUCUGUAGGCUCCUUGGGAAUUAAAAUAGAUUUUUGGAGGUGCGGAAAUAGCAGACCCAAUUAAUAUGGGGUAUUCAGAGAUUCCGAGAGGUUUUAGUCUUCAGUCCUGUCGCAGGAAACCCGCCCCCCCAAUCAUUCAGUUUGUACAAACUUCACACACACUCACACACUACAUACACUACGCUUCUGUUAUAAAUUCAUAGAAAAUCAACCAUACAUUGGAUUUUCACUGUUCCACUUUUAUUUUACUCCAUGAAGGAAGGACUACAUAAUGGGGAAGGUUUGAUACAGGCCAGCCAUAAUCCCUUGAACAUCCCAGCACAUCCACAGGAGCCCUGCCCAGUUGCUAUGCCAACCCUGAUGGUCCUAGACAGAAGACCAUCAAGAUCACAAAGAACUUGCAUAUGGGAGUGGAUUCAGCACGACUGGAACAAAGGACAAUAAUCAGCUCUUCCCUCUGGGGGCAGGAAACUGCAAACUUCCCUCUGUCACCUGGAAAGUACUCAUGGGGAGGGGGGAGGGGGAACCAGCCAGGUGACAGGACACUCAGGUUACUACCACAACUCCUUCCUCAACCCCUCCUUUCUGUGAUGUAGGUGUGAUGUAUCUGAGGGGUCGUCUUAGGUUACACCCCUUCUGUGAUGUAUGUAUGAUGUUUCUGGGGGUGGUCUUGAUCUACAGGGUGGCAAUUUCAAAAGUCUUUAUAAGGCCUUGCACACCAUUUUUCUGCGUCCCUCCUCUCUCCUGCGGGUCAGGGGAGCACCCUGUUGCAACAGACCAAUAAAGGCCAAGCCUACAGGCUGCUGUUUUGCUCCAAGUUAUCCUGGUUGGUGUCUUUGUUUUUGUCCAAGGGAGCCCUUGGAUUUUUCCGUUAACAGUCCUAUAGAUUUUCUCUCUUAUUUUUCCCUCCACUCCCCCCUCAGUAGGUGAAGUUUGGUCAUAUUAGCUUCAAGGACAGUCAGAUUCUGCUGGUUGUUGAAAGAUCCAGAUGGUUUGCAGUCUCAUUUGAAGAGUCCAGCUGGAUGAAUAUCUUUAGCUGAAGGACAAGGAUAUUAGCAAGGGCGCUGAGGCAUCCCUAAAGGGUUGAUAGUGAAAGAGAGCAGAGAAGAGGCACAACAAGGCCAGUCCCUGUGGGAAGAAAAAAGCUGUGACGCAAGAGAUUGUGGCUGGUGCUAAAGCUGGCCAUGGAACCCGAAAUAAAAAUGGAGCAGAGCUGGAGCCCUGAAUUUGGAGAGCAAAGAUCAAUUUGUCCGAAAACUGGGAGGCUCAAGGAAGUUCUUGUGGAAGCCCAACAAAAUGUGAAACAGGAGCCAAACGAUGAGCCGUCAAGGAACUGGGACGCCCAGUUGCAGGAGUUUUUGAAGAUGCUACAGGAUUCCCAUUCUGGAGAGGGAAACCCACAAGUGCCUGAGACAAGGGAUUGGGACAAUCCCAAAGUAUUGGAGGUCACUUCUGAGGGAGUGACAGAUGACCACAGCUGGCCCAGAGCAUUGUGGGCUUCCCAAAUCCAGCCACGUCUUGCUGGGGAAGCCCAAGAGGACCAUGAGACCAAUCUGGGUGCCACUCCCAGUGGGAAGGAGAAGGCAAGAACUCCGUCUGGGGAUGGUGCCGAGAUGGAGAGGCAGCGCCGGUGUUUUCGUGAGCUCUGCUACGAAGAGGCCGAUGGGCCUUACAAGCUUUGCAGGCAGCUCCAGGAGUGUUGCCAUCAGUGGCUGAAGCCGGAGAGACACACCAAGGAACAGAUCCUGGAGCUGGUGACCCUGGAGCAGUUCCUGGCUGUCCUGCCCUCAGAGAUGCAGAGCUGGGUGAGAGAACGUAACCCAGGGAGCUGUGCCUGGGCAGUGACCCUGGCGGAGGAAUUCCUUCUGAGUCAGAAGGAGGUCAACAGCUGGGAAGUGCAGGUAAGAUGAUGUUUCCAAAGUUGUGUCCUUGGUCACAUCCACAGCAUACAUUUGUUGCACGUGUGGAUCAUAUGGCUUCCUCCAAAGUGUCCUGGGAAGUGUAGUUUAUUAAGGGUGCUGUGUGUUGUAGCUCUGUGAGGGGUAAACUACAGUUCCCAGAACUCAAUAGGGAAAAGCCAUGUGCUUUAAAUGUGUACUGCAGGCAUUGCAAGCAUGCCUGAAUUGGGUUUCGAAAAUGGUGCCCUUGAACCACUCCUGGGUCUUGAGUUGCUAUGGCUAUGACUACUACUACUACAGUGGUACCUCGGGUUACAUACGCUUCAGGUUACAUACGCUUCAGGUUACAGACUCCACUAACCCAGAAAUAGUACCUCGGGUUAAGAACGUUGCUUCAGGAUGAGAACAGAAAUUGUGCUCCAGCGGCGUGGCGGCAGCAGGAGGCCCCAUUAGCUAAAGUGGUGCUUCAGGUUAAGAACAGUUUCAGGUUAAGAACGGACCUCCAGAACGAAUUAAGUGCUUAACCCGAGGUACCACUGUACUAUUAUUAUUAUUAUUAUUAUUAUUAUUAUUAUAACUUAUUAUCAGUCUAUUUUUUGCCAAUGCAACCUAAAGCGACAUACAACAAUGUUCGUAAGCACAAAGCCCCAGUUGGGCACCCAGCCACCUUGACAAAGCCAGUGUCAAGGCAGGAGUGGGGAGCAAGUCAGCAGUAACUCACAAAGUGUCAGUGAAAUUCACUCAUUAUUCAAAGAAACAAAGCAGCUCAGGCCUAGUGAUCACAGCAAUUCUUCCCGGUAGAUCUUGACCCAAUGAGGCAGUUGUGAGGAACCUGGGACUCCUUCCUCUUGUCUCCCUUUGCUCCACCCUCUUCAUUCCCCUUUGUGUUCUGGGAGACUAGGGGGCUUAUAUUAUGUCCUCACAUUCUUGGACAGAUUGUGAUAAUAUCAAGUCCUUGUAAUAAGUAACAUUUAUCGCCAACCUCUAAACACACAUUUUGCCUGCACUGUGACUUGGUUUUGAACUGACUCUUCUCCCCUCCAUCUUCCCCACUGGCAGAUCACAGGGAUGUCAGAAAAGGAGCUUGUAAAUCCCCGCAAGGCAGAACAGGCUCUGCCGGGCAUGGUGAAGAUGCAGCUUUCCACAAGGCCCAAGCAGGGGGACAAGCAGAGUGUGAGCUUAUUGGGUGAGUCCCUCUGGGGUCUGUCUCUUCGAAUAUCUCAGGACUCCUGACUUUCCAGUUUUGUUGCUUUCCCCCACCUAAAAUGGAAGGCUCGUCUUCCCAGGUCACCUUCAAGCUCUGUGGGUUUUGGGGCCUAAAACUGUCCACACAACUGGCCACUGCCUGCUAAGUACAGUGGUGCCCCGCAAGACGAAUGCCUCGCAAGACGAAAAACUUGCUAGACGAAAGGGUUUUGCGUUUUUUGAGCUGCUUCACAAGACAAAUUUCCCUAUGGGCUUGCUUCACAAGACGAAAACGUCUUGCAAGUCUGUUUCCUUUUUCUUAAAACCGUUAAUACCCAGGGUGCAUUGCUUGAAGAGGUGCAGUUGCGACUUGACUUCGUGUUUUUUUUUAAAUGAUAUUUAUUAAGGUUUCAAAAAAAAGAUUACAUAGAUAAGAAGAAAAGGAAAAAAAGAAAGAAAUUUAAAAAAAGAAAAAAUACAAAAUACAGAAAAAAGAUAAAAAAAAACACUUAAAAACAAAUCAAUCUUCCAUGCCUUACAUUUCAUUUCCUGGCUUCCCUGACCUCCUCACACCUCCCUUUUUUGUAUUCCAGUUCAAUUAGUUAAUUCAGCAAUACCUUUCCCUCUUUGUUUUUGUCUUAAUCCUUUAACUUAAUAUGUUAUAACUUUAGAUUCUCACCUGUUAACAAUCCAUUUUUACAUACACCUUUAUAACAUUGCUGCUAAAACCACUUAACUUCAUUCUGACAUCAUUCUAACAUUCAUUAAUUUUGCAGUAUUUCUGUAAAUAGUCUUUAAAUUUCUUCCAAUCUUCUUCCACCAACUCUUCUCCCUGGUCUCGGAUUCUGCCAGUCAUUUCCGCCAGUUCCAUAUAGUCCAUCACCUUCAUCUGCCAUUCCUCCAGUGUGGGUAAAUCUUGUGUCUUCCAAUAUUUUGCGAUGAGUAUUCUUGCUGCUGUUGUGGCAUACAUAAAAAAAGUUCUAUCCUUCUUUGGCACCAAUUGGCCGACUAUGCCCAGGAGAAAGGCCUCUGGUUUCUUCAAGAAGGUAUAUUUAAAUAUCUUUUUCAUUUCAUUAUAGAUCAUCUCCCAGAAAGCCUUAAUCCUUGGGCACGUCCACCAAAGGUGAAAGAAUGUACCUUCAGUUUCUUUACAUUUCCAACAUUUAUUAUUGGGCAUGUGAUAGAUUUUUGCAAGCUUGACUGGUGUCAUGUACCACCUGUAUAUCAUUUUCAUAAUAUUCUCUCUUAAGGCAUUGCAUGCCGUAAACUUCAUACCUGUGGUCCAUAACUGUUCCCAGUCAGCCAUCAUUAUAUUAUGUCCAACAUCUUGUGCCCAUUUAAUCAUAGCAGAUUUCACCGUUUCAUCCUGAGUAUUCCAUUUCAACAGCAAGUUAUACAUCUUUGACAAAAUCUUAGUUUUGGGUUCUAACAGUUCUGUUUCUAAUUUUGAUUUUUCUACAUGGAAGCCAAUUUUCUUGUCCGAAUUGUAUGCCUCCAUUAUCUGAUAAUAAUGAAGCCAAUCUCGCACUUUGUUUUUUAGUUUCUCAAAACUCUGCAGUUUCAAUCUAUCUCCCUCUUGUUCCAGAAUUUCCCAAUAUUUCGGCCAUUUGGCCUCCAUAUUGAGCUUUUUCUGAGCUUUCGCUUCCAUCGGUGACAGCCACCUUGGGGUUUUAUUUUCCAGUAGGUCCUUAUAUCUUAUCCAGACAUUAAACAAUGCUUUCCUGACAAUAUGAUUUUUAUUUUUUUAUUUUUUAAAAUGAUUUUUAUUAAGGUUUCAGUAAAAAAUUAAACAUAAAAACAUAAAAAAGAAAUACACAAAUACACAGUACAUAAUCCAAAGAAGAAAAAAGCACAGAAAACAAAAAACAAAGAAAAAGAAACAGAACAAUUAAAAACAAUAUCACCUUUUCAUUUCCGUUUUUAAAUUUACUUAUUUUCUGGACCUCCUCAUACCUCCCUCUUUUGUAUUCCAAUUCAAAUUGUUUGUCCAGCAAUUUCUUUCCCACUUUUUAAUCCCAAUCUUUAAUCUUAAUAUAAUAUAGCAUUAAAAUUUUACCUCUUAAAUACCAAAUUUCCAUUUCCUUAAACUUCUUUAAUCCUAAUCUUUCAUCUUAGUCUAUCUAUAACUUUAAAUCCUGUACAGCUGGAAACCACUUAUUUUCAAUCCAACAUCACUCUAACAUUCUUUAAUUUUGUAGUGUUUCUGUAAAUAAUCUUUGAAUUUCUUCCAAUCUUCCUCCACCGACUCUUCUCCCUGGUCACGGAUUCUACCAGUCAUUUCCUCCAGUUCCAUAUAGUCCAUCAGUUUCAUCUGCCAUUCCUCCAGCGUGGGAAGUUCUUGUGUCUUCCAAUACUUUGCAAUGAGUAUUCUUGCUGCUGUUGUUGCAUACAUAAAGAAAGUUCUAUCCUUUUUUAUCGCCAUUUGGCCGACCAUGCCCAAGAGAAAGGCCUCUGGUUUCUUGGGGAAGGUAUAUUUGAAUACCUUUUUUAAUUCAUUAUAUAUCAUUUCCCAGAAAGCCUUAAUCUUUGGGCACGUCCACCAAAGGUGAAUGUACCUUCAGUUUCUUUACAUUUCCAACAUUUAUUAUCGGGCAAGUGAUAGAUUUUUGCAAGCUUGACUGGGGUUAUGUACCACCUGUAUAUCAUUUUCAUAAUAUUCUCUCUUAAGGCAUUACAUGCCGUAAAUUUCAUACCUGUGGUCCACAACUGUUCCCAGUCAACAAACAUAAUGUUAUGUCCAACGUCUUGUGCCCAUUUAAUCAUAGCCGAUUUUACCGUUUCAUCCUGAGUGUUCCAUUUCAGCAGCAAGUUAUACAUUCUUGACAAAUUCUUGGUUUUGGGUUCUAACAGUUCAGUUUCUAAUUUUGAUCUUUCCACCUGGAAGCCAAUUUUCUUGUCCAAUUUAAAUGCCUCCAUUAUCUGAAAAUAAUGAAGCCAGUCUCGCACUUUGUUUUUUAGUUUUUCAAAGCUCUGCAAUUUCAGUCUAUCUCCAUCUUGUUCCAAAAUUUCCCAAUAUUUCGGCCAUUUGACCUCCAUAUUGAGCUUUUUCAAGGCUUUCGCUUCCAUUGGUGACAGCCACCUUGGGGUUUUGUUUUCUAACAAAUCCUUAUAUCUUAUCCAAACAUUAAACAGCGCUUUCCUGACAAUAUGAUUUUUAAAUGCUUUAUGUGCUUUGACCUUAUCAUACCACAAAUAUGCAUGCCAUCCAAAUACAUUAUUAAAACCUAAGUCCAAAAUGUCAGUGUUUUCAAGAAGCAGCCAUUCUUUCAGCCAGCAAAAAGCUGCUGAUUCAUAAUAAAGUUUAAGGUCUGGCAGGGCAAAUCCACCUCUUUCCUUUGCAUCCGUUAGUAUUUUAAAUUUUAUUCUAGGCUUCUUGCCCUGCCAGACAAAUCUAGAGAUAUCUCUCUGCCACUUCUUGAAGCAAUCCAUUUUGUCGAAAAUUUGCAAUGUUUGAAACAGAAACAACAUUCUAGGCAAUACAUUCAUUUUUAUCGCAGCAAUAUGGCGUAGCAGUGAAAGCUUCAAAUUUGACCAAAUUUCUAAAUCUUUUUUCACUUCAGUCCAGCAUUUUUCAUAAUUGUCUUUAAAUAGAUUCCCAUUUUUGGAUGUCAUGUUAAUCCCCAGGUAUUUCACUUUCUUAACCACUGUUAAACCUGUCUCAUUCUGAAACCUCUCUCUCUCUCAAUCGCUGUUAAAUUUUUCUCUAAGACCUUUGUUUUUAACUUAUUCAGUUUAAAUCCUGCAACCUGACCAAAUUCUUGAAUCAGUUCCAAAACCCUUUUAGUGCUAGAUUCUGGCUCCUGUAAUGUCAAUACUAAGUCAUCUGCAAAUGCUCUCAAUUUGUACUGUUUAGCUCCGACUUGUAUACCUUUAACCAAUUGGUCCCUUCUAAUCAUAUUCAGCAGGACCUCCAGGACCAAUAUAAAAAGCAAUGGGGAGAUUGGGCAACCUUGUCGUGUCCCUUUUUCUAUCUUAAAUUCCUCCGUCACCAUGUUAUUUACAAUUAAUUUAGCCUUUUGUUCUGAAUAAAUUGCACUUAUACCGUUUCCAAAGCCUUGGCCUACCCCCAUCCCCUGUAGGUUCUUCUUCAUAAAAUUCCAAGAAAUGUUGUCAAAAGCUUUCUCCGCGUCCACAAAUAUCAAAACUGCCUUAGUAUUUAUAUUCACUUGUAAUUUUUCUAAGAUAUUGAUUAUGUUUCUCACAUUAUCAGACAGAUGUCUACCCGGGAGUAAGCCUGCUUGAUCUUUAUGUAUCUCUUCCACUAGCACUUUUUUUAGUCUUUUAGCCAAAAUGUCUGCAAAGAUUUUAUAAUCCACAUUGAGCAGUGAUAUGGGGCGGUAGUUCUUAAGCUGCGUCUUUUCAGUCUCUGUUUUCGGUACAAGUGUAAUGUACGCUUUUUUCCACGACUCUAGUCCCCUUUUCCCAUCCAUUAUUUUGUGGCAGACUUCCUUUAAAGGUUGUACUAACCAUUCUUUUAAGGAUCUGUAGUAUCUAGAAGUCAGUCCAUCCGGUCCUGGAGAUUUACCUAAUUGCAUAUUCUGAAUGGCGCCUUCUACCUCCUGUUCAGUUAUUUUAUAGUUCAGCAUUAUUUUCUUGAGAGAUUUUUUGUAAUCCAUUUAUUUUCAAAAAUCGGUCUACAUCAAUUUCUUUCUGUGGCCCUUGUGUAUAUAGUUGUUUAAAAUACCUCUGGAAACAGUUUCUAAUCUCAACUGGGUUCUGUAUGUUCCUUCCUUCCACUUCUAAAUUUGUAACAGUAUUUAGUUUUUGUCUUUUUUUCAUUUGCCGAGCCAACAAUUUCCCACAUUUAUUAGCCGACUCGAAUGUCUUUUGUCUCAUUUGUUUGAUUUUCCAUUCUAUCUCCUGAUUCAUCAUUUUCAUGUAUUGUACUUGAUGUAACUUUAUUUCUCUCAAAAUCUCUUGCGACUUUGGUUUUGCUCUCAAUUUCUUUUCACUUUCCUUUAUUUUCUCCAAUAUUUUAUCCUUCUUCUCAUUUUGGAUUCUCUUCUUUAUUGCGUUCUGUUGUAUCAAGAACCCUCUCAUAACAGCUUUGCUUGCGUCCCAGAUUACUCUUUUUUCAACAUUGGUGUUCAUAUUUAUCUCGAAAUAGUCUCUCAAGGUUUUUUGGGCCUUCUUAAUCACUUCUUCAUCUCUAAAUAAGGUGUCAUUCAUCCUCCAUCUGAAGGAACCAGUUGGUGUUAGUUUCAUCUCCAUCUUCACAGCAUUGUGGUCGGAGCAGGUUUUUGGGCAAAUUUCCACUUUUCUUGUCUUUGGUGCCAUUCCUCUAGUUACCCAUAUUUGGUCAAUUCUUGUCCAUGUCAGUUUGGCUUCAGAGAAGAAGGUUCCCUCUCUGGCCAAGGGAUUCUUUGUUCUUCAAACAGUUGCGACUUGACUUCGAGGAGCAACUCAUAGCACACGGUGUGGUAGCCUUUUUUGAGGUUUUUGAAGACUUUGGUGAUUUUUGAAGCUUUUCCAAAACUUCUUUUGCAGCCAUUUGGUAAGUUAAACUUUUAAAACUUUUUUUAGGGUUUUUGGAUUUUGGGUUGGGGUGUUUGGAAUUCAAGGACCUAGUUCUGGGUUUGAAUUUCUGUGUGGUGGGUGGCUGGGUGCUUUUGAAUUUUUUGGAUGUGAAGCACUGAUUAUUAUUAUUUUUUGGUUUGCGAAGGUAGGAGCUGUGCUGCCAUGGGACCCAAGAAGACUGCUGCUGCAGAGGCCGGCGAGGGGAAGAAGGCGAAGGUUACGCUGGAAAUGAAGAAGGAGAUCAUCCGGAAGCACGACGGUGGAAUGCGUGUGACAGACCUCGCCAGGGAGUACAGGAGGAAUCCAUCGACCAUCGGGACCAUCCUGAAGAUGAGGGAGAAGAUCCUUGCGACUGAUGCAGCCAAGGGAGUCAGCAGGCUCGUGAAGAACCGCCCAGCUGUUCUGGAUGAGGUGGAGAAGUUGCUGCUCAUCUGGUUAGAAGAGAAGCAGCGUGCAGGGGACACAGUGACUGAGGCCGUCAUUUGUGAGAAGGCCAAGGCCUUGCACACAGACCUCGUCCAGGAACAGCCAGGAACCUCAGGCGGGCCAGAAGUCUUCAAGGCAAGCAGAGGCUGGUUUAACCGGUUCAAGACAAGAUCUGGAAUCCACAGCGUGGUCAGGUAUGGAGAGGCUGCCAGUUCUGAUGUUUCUGCGGCUGAAGACUUUGCAGCGGAGUUCCUGGAGGUUGUGAAGACGGAGGGCUACGUUCCACAGCAGGUCUUCAACUGCGACGAGACCGGGCUGUUUUGGAAGAGGAUGCCCAAAAGGACUUUCAUCACACAGGAGGAGGCCGAGUCGCCUGGCCACAAGCCCAUGAAGGACCGUCUGACCCUGCUCUUCUGUGCCAACGCAAGCGGCGACCUGAAGAUCAAGCCCCUGCUGGUGUACCACUCGGAGAACCCACGGGCCUUCAAGAAACACAAGGUCGACAAGGAGCAGCUGAGUGUCAUGUGGCGAUCCAACAGUAAGGCUUGGGUCACACGUGUGCUGUUUGUGGACUGGGUCAAUCUUGCUUUUGGCCCUGCUGUCAAACAGUACCUGCUGGACAACGACCUGCCGCUGAAGGCUUUGCUUCUGAUGGACAAUGCUCCUGCUCAUCCUAAAGGCCUUGAGGAGGACUUGUUGGAGGAGUUCAGCUUCAUCAGCAUCAUGUUCCUGCCGCCUAACACCACGCCACUGCUCCAGCCGAUGGAUCAGCAGGUCAUCGCCAAUUUCAAAAAACUCUACACCAAGGAGCUUUUCAGGCGAUGCUUCGAGGUGACUGAUUGCACCACCAUCACUCUGUGGGAAUUCUGGAAGGACCACUUCGACAUCGUCACCUGCUUGAAGAUGAUCACCACGGCCUGGAAAGGGAUCAGCCAGAGAAAUUUGAAUUGCGCUUGGCGCAGCCUGUGGCCGGACUGUGUGGCACCAAGUGACUCUGAUGCACCAGAGUCAACAGUGGUGCAGGACAUUGUUGCCUUGGGGAGGACCAUGGGCCUGGAGGUCACAGAGGAGGACAUCAGCAAGCUGGUGGAGGAGCACAACCACGAGCUGACCACCCAGGAGCUGGUCGAACUGCAGGCAGAGGCUGCGCAGGAGCAGGCCUCGCUGGAAGAGGAGGAAGCAACUGAGGAACGGCUGUCCUCCAAAGAACUGAGGGACAUUUGCCUGAAGUGGAAGGAUGUGCAGGCUUUUGCACAGCGGCACCACCCUGACAAGCACGUGGCACAUGACCUUGUGAACACUUUUGAUACGAGAGUCAUGUCGCCUUUCAGGGAGGUGCUGAAAAGGCGGAUGAAUCAGCAGACCAUGGACAGGUUCUUCAGCAAGAAGCAAAGAGUGGAAGAGGAACCUUCUUCGAGUUGUCCCCCAGAGUCUUAGAAAAUGUACUGUACACUUUGUUGAUUUUUAAAUGUUUUUCUGUCAUGUUUAGAAACUUAAUUGUUCCUUCAAUUUUUGAAAUGCUCUUUACAGUAUGUGUGACUUUAAAGAGCACUUAAUAAACUCUUGUUGUACCAAAUUUGGCUUUGUUUGGACUUUUUUUGACCAUAGGAACGCAUUAAUUGAAUUUCAAUGCAUUCCUAUGGGAUUUCGUGCUUCGCAAGACGAAAAAUUAGCUAGACGAAAAAACUCGCGGAACGAAUUAAUUUCGUCUUGCAAGGCACCACUGUAGUGGGCCUGCUCAAUCAUGGAGCAGAUCAAUCAUUUUUGCAAAGGUGGCAGAAGCACGGAGAGGGAAACUUGCAUCUGUAAUUCAAAAAAUUCAGUACCUAUAUAUACAAUUCAGAAACACACAGAUAGAUAGAUUUAGAACUGGAAAAUGUGCAGAAACGACCUUCAAAACUGAUCACCUCCUCUAGAAUAAAAGGUUCCGCAUUUGUUAGAAAUUGAUCUCUUAUUGUGGUGACACCUACACAGUGGAACUCCCUGCCUGUUGACAUUAAGCAGGCAUACCCUUUUUGAUUCCUGUUAAAACAUUUUUUGUUUAUAGACAACCCUAGUAAGAUAUUAGAAUGCUGAUGUGUUUUUGGUUUAUUGCUGGUUUUAAUUUUCUGAGUAUUUUAAUUGUUUUUACUGCAAUCUUACUGUUUUAUUAUUUUUAAAAACUGUUCUGGGGUUCUCUAAAAUCAAACGUCUUAUAAAUUUUGGGGGCUAUUUAAUUUGGUGGGGGAAAACAUAGUAGAGCUGUCUACAUUUAGGCAUGGAAUGGAGAAAGGGAAUAGGGACAAAAAAGAAGUCCACUUCCUCAUAAUACUUUGUAUCACAAGUGGUAGAAGAUUCAUGAGAGACAAAAUAGGAAGCACUUCUUCACAAAGAGCAAAGCUGGAGCCAGUGCUGUUUUUCUAGAAAAAAGAGGUGCCGGAACUCACCGUGAACACUUCCCUUGUUCUCUUAUAAUGGCAAUGGCACCCACCUGAGAGGAGCCAGAACCAAACCAAACUCCAGUGUGUUCCGGCUGAAAAAAAAGCCCGGAUUGGAGCUGUGUCUGAUUCCUACCCUGAUUCUGUUUUUCUUCCAGCAGGGGACAGGCGACUGAGUGAAAGCAAGAGGCAGAAGCGCUUGCGAGAAAGUCCUGAACAAACAGAGCAGCGGAAGACAACCUUGAAAGCAGGCCAAGAGAAGGAUUUCCUGUUCCAGGGAGAAGCUGAUAAGAACCAGCGUAGGGCAGAGACACAGAAGAGAAAAGACACAGAGAAGAAAGCAGAUCCAAUUAUUAUCCAAAAGGGUGUUUGCAAAGAUGCCACCCAGCAGCAUGAAAAGAAUGACAUGGAAUAUGACACGGGUGGGGAAAUCUGUGGUCAAAAGGCCCAUGGGAGUACAGACGGGGCUAUUCCCACAGAGGAGACGCCAUACAAGUGUUGGCAAUGCGGUCGGAGCUUCAGCAGCAGCUCAGACCUUUUGAUACAUGAGAGAAGCCACGUAGGUGAGAAACUGUAUAAAUGCUCCCACUGUGGAAAGAGAGAGACAAUCCAGACUGGCCAGACUGCGCAUAAAUGUUCCCACUGCGGGAAAAACUUUCACUGGAUCCCUCAAGUAAAAACCCGUGGGAGAGAAGAACGUUAUUCCUGCACAGAAUGCGAUAAAAGCUACUCCUCCAAGUCGGUCCUCCUCAAACACCAGCAACUCCACAGAGGCGAGAAACCUUAUAAAUGCUGCUUUUGCCCGGAAUCCUACAUAAACUGGUGGGAGCUCAAAGCUCAUCGGCAAACUCACCGAGGCGACACACCACAUAAGCCAUAUAAAUGUUCGCACUGCGGGAAGUUCUUCCUUUGGAACUCACAGUUUCUGUCCCGCAAGAGUAGCCACACAGCCUUCUGCUGCUACUGCGGGAAAGGCUUCAUAAAAAACUCGGAGCUCGUUGAACAUGAGAAGACCCACACAGCAGAGGAGCCGUUGGCGUGUUUUAUCUGUGGGGAAAACUUUGGAGUCAGUGCUGAACUGUUUGCCCAUGUGCGGAAGCACAGAGAGAACCAGCUUCAAUGCUCGGUUUGUGGAGGUCUUCAAGAACAGUUUGUAAGCCCGUGAACUAGAAGUUAUGGGUGACAGCCAAUCACUGCCUCCCGCUUGCACAACGUACUUCUCUUGGUGUUGUAUAUUUUAGCCAUCAAAGGCCUGAUUUAAAAAUAUUAAAAUUGUAAUGUUUUAAAAUUCCUCGUGAAUAUGAAGGGCGUGCGUGAACCUGCGCUUGGUCAGAUUUCAGAGGCAUUACAGGCGACGACCGGUUUAGCGGCGUCUGAUUUCGCAGGCGUGCAUGGCACCAAACCCAGAAGUAGCCCCCAAAGGUCAUAAAGUUGUCACAAAAGGGGGGACGGACAGGGCAGGGUAGGUUUAUGCACGCAAGUGUCCAGAACGUAACCCCCACACAAAACGAGGACUGCCUGUGUAUGCAUCUGAAAUCUGGUUGAUGGAAAGCAGAGGAAGGGAAAGGACUUUUGUGCCCAGUUCCCACUUGCGGGUUUCUCACAAGCGUCCUCUUAGCUCCUGCGAGAACAGGAUGCUUGUGGGACUUAGCCCUCUGGACAUCAGGCAGGUACCUUUGCCGCUUUCUUUUUGACACCUGCUGAAAAGCAUUUUGUCCAGACGUGUAGACGUUGGAGAGUUUUAACUUGUCCUCAAUUUACUGCUGAUUUCAAUUUUUUUAAAGGUUUCUAAUUACUUGUUUUUAACUGCUUUUAACCGAUCUGUUUAAUAUUUCUUGUAAACUGCUUAGAGGUUCUGUUUUUACAAUCAAGCGAUACAUUUUGUCAUAUAAGGCAAUAAAAAUGCUGGGUUAGAUAGAUCAGGGACUGAUCCAGAAGGCUCCUCUUAACUUUGUUGUGCCACCUAUGUGCCAGCCAUCAGCCACUUCAUGUGCUGGAGUUCCCCAGAAAACUAAGGAAACCAGGCCUUAUGAGGACUGGUUGAAGGAGCUGGGUAUGUUAACCUGGAGGAGACUGAGAGGAGAUAGGAUAGCUGUCUUCAAAUAUCUCAAGGGCUGUCAUGUGGAAUAUGGAGCAAGCUGGUUUUCUCCAGCUCUGGAUGAUUAGGACUCAAACCAAUGGCUUCAUGUUACAAGGAAGGAGAUUCCGAUUUAACAUCAGGAAGAGCUUUCUGAUGGUAAGAGCUGUUUGACAGCGGAAUGGUCUCCCUCGGGAGAUGGUGGACUCUGGGGUGCACAUGUGCUGUGUCCAGUUGGUGUCAUGAUGGUGGUACCCGCCCUUAUUCUGGUAGGAAGUGCUUAGUGGGGGCCAAAAAAAUGAGGGGGCGAGGAGGAGGGUCCGUUGAGUUGGAACGAGAACUCCUGGGGGCAGCGGCAGAAACACAAGCGCCAAAGGGACAGCUGCAGGGCAGUGGGGACGAGGCUGAGUAGGAAGACCCUCUCAAAGGAAAGGAAGAGAAUAGCAGGAAGGCCAUUGUGGCAGAGGUGGCACAACUUCUCAUUCCCUUGACCCCCCCCCCAUUUUUUAAAAAAGUACAUUUAUCUUCUGACCCCAUUACUAGUGACACCUCUCCUAUUAUAUAAUUACUGGACAUGCCCCCACCUGUUUCCCUUUCAAUGCCAUUCAGCUUUCAUGCUCUUAUACAGCAUGUUUCUUUUCAGCCAUUUAAAAAACAUUUUGCAGUCCAUUAACACCUCCACCACCAUAGAGAGAGGCAGUGUGGUCCAGUGUGUAGCACAAGGACUUGGGAGAUGCAGAUUCAAAUCCCGCCCAACAGCCACAAAGUCCAUUGAGUGCUUCUGAGGACCCUAGCCUACCUCACAAGGGGAAAUGAGGACAGGAAAAACCACGGACCUACUUUAUCUCCCUAGAGAAAAUGUGAGGUAUAAAUGUAACAAUAAAUAAAAAACGUUGGCAUGUGGGUAACCCGACUGAGAGAUGUUAACAAUGACCUUUUGGUGUUGUAAAACGUUUUCAGAUAUUUAGACUGCUUUUAAAUGGCUUAAAUAUGUUUUGUUUUGUUUUGUUUUGUUUUGUGUUCCUUAGCUACUCAUUGGUUUGCCACCCUGGGCUCUUUUGGGAGGAAGAAGGGUGGGAAUUUAAUAAAAAGAAAUCAAUUGAUAUUUAUUAAGGAUUGGAAAAUUACUGUGGGGUUUUUGCGUGAAAGAGACCGUCAACAUGCAAUAUCUGGAUCUGAAGACUGAAAAUAAUAUUGGCUUAUAGAAAAUAGAAUGAUUGGAUGUCAAUUUGAGUGAAUGCUUUGAACAAGUUGUUAUAUUUACUUGACAGAGAAUCAUAAGUCUUUCCAUCUUUUUCUAUUUCUCCCUUUUUCUUCUGUUUAUUUUUUCCCUUCUCCCUGCUCCUGUUUUUAGAUUAGAUUUUAAAAAAAUAUUUCUUUUAUUCAGGUAUAAGAAUAUACUUUGCACUGUGUAUAAACUUUUGUAUAUCUUUGGAUGAGUAUCAAUAAAAAUAAAAUGUG